AUGCGCGAGCAGGAGGCGGAGCGAAGCGGGGCCACUCCGCGGCAAUCGCAGUCCUCUCCAGGGGAGAGCCAGGUUCUGGCCCUGGUUCGGCGGGAGAUGGCGGCCUUCCAGGCUCGGUUCUCUGUCCUGGAGGGCAGAGUUCUGCGCCCUCCCCUCGCGGCGCCGAAGCCCCAAGCAGCCCAAAGGGCCUCUUAUGCGGCUGCGGCAGCAUCUGCUCCGAGUGAGCCCCCUGUCGCAGCGGCGAUCGGACCGCCCAGGAGGGCAGCCACCCAGCCGAAGCCAAAGGCCGCAACGGCGGUCCGGGCGCAGAGGACCCCGGUGCCACCCCCAGCACCGGUCCCGUCGUCAGCACCAGUGGCGAGACGCCCCCCAAAGCCGACUCCGUCGGCGAGUACUUCUCCUCCCACUCAAUCCAAGUGGCAGGUGGUGGGGGAGAAGAAGAAGAGAGGGAAGGCGGCGAGAAAGAAAGCCCAAAGGCAGCGCCGCAAGGAGCGAGCCGUCGCGGCUCAACUACGCGCCCCUAAGACCGCGGUUGCGACCAGGGGCAAGGGUCGGGCGUCCGUCGUCGCCACAGCCGCCAUCUCCGCGGUGGCCACUGCCGCAGCUCCCGCGGCCGCCGCCACCUCCAAUGAUGCCGUCGCUGCCGGCGAAGUCGCCGCUGCUGCUGCCGCGGUGCCCGCUUCUGGGCCUGAAGAGGAAUAA